CCUGGACUGGAGUGGCUGCUGCUCGUGGCCGGCGAUGAGCGGCGGCGGGCCCGGAGGUGCGUGCGGGCCGGACUCCCGCGUGGAGACCAUCUCCCGGCUGGCGCAGUGGCGCAUCGAUACCUUCGGCCCCUGCUCCUACCGCCGGUCGGACCCCUUUAAGCUCGGCAUCUGGAACUGGUACCUGUCGGUGGAGAAGAGCCGCUCCAUCGUUGUGCGCCUCUUCCCGGAGCCCGGCCGGGUGGCCAAGGAGCAGCCCCCUCUCGCGCGCUUCCUGCUCCGCGUCUCCUGGGCCGGCCCGCCGCGACGCUCCUGCGUCUCCCCUGUGCACGAGCAUCUUCUGCGUACCAGCGAUGAUUUUGUAUGGCAAGUCGAUGCGAUGUCCCAUGGGCGUUUUACGAUUGAUGUUGAGUUUCUAGACCUGAGGAUAGCCACGAACAAUGCUACGGAAUCGUCAUCGGUGUGGCCAAACGAAGGCAUGGUGCAGAAGAUCGCGAGCAAGAGCGCCCUGGGCUGCCUGUCGCGCAUGCUGGCGGACUCCAUCCACGCGGACGUGACCAUCAACACGACGGACGGGGUGCUGAAGGCGCACAAGGCGGUGCUGGCGGCGUGCUCCCCCGUGUUCAAGAGCAUGUUCGUGCACGACCUGAGGGAGAAGGAGUCGUCGACGGUGGACAUCGGCGACAUGUGCGUGGAGUCGUGCUCGGCGCUGCUGGGCUUCGUGUACGGGACGAUCGAGCAGGGACAGUUCUGGAAGCACCGGCUGCCGCUGCUGGCGGCGGCGGACAAGUACGGGAUCGGCGACAUCAAGGACUGCUGCGAGGAGAGCCUGCUGGAGGACAUAGGCUCGGGCAACGUGCUGGAGCGGCUCCACGUGGCGUGGCUGUACCGGCUGGAGCGGCUGAAGAAAGGGUGCCUCACCUACCUGUUCGUGUUCGGGAAGAUCUAUGACGUGAGGGACGAGAUGCACGGCUUCUUCCACCACGCGGACCGCGAGCUCAUGCACGACAUGUUCCAGGAGGUGCUCAGCGUGUGGAAGCCCAUGUGAAUGGAAGUGUCCCUUUCCACGCGAGCUGUGUGUGUGUGUGUGUGUCGUGCUUGUUCAGUCAGCAGUGUGUGGAGAGCAUGCUGGUUAUGCAUAUUUGAAACGAAAAGGAUGCUCAGAAUUUGAAUGGAAGCUAAAUUAUACAUGAUGAGACAGACAGUGAGGUAGUCAAUCCAGAUGUGUUCAAGUCUAAUAGAUCUUGUGUGGGUACGAAUGGAAGCAGCCAACUUGGGCUUGAAUGCUCCCUAGUUGGCUGAGAAAUGUUGACAUUGUUUGUUCUAGAUGAGGGUUACCUGGCCUGGGAAAUGUUGUAGCUAGGCUAGAUGUUGAAUUGGUAGCAAGGUAUGUAUGUAUAUUGAAUUUGUCGUGUGUCAUGGACAGUGGGCGUUUGCUGAUGAUGACAGGCAGCAGGAGAAGACGGAGUUGUGAUUUG